AGCCACUUCCUGUGCUGAGGUAAUCUAUAGCAGCAGAGACACUAAAAGUCAACACAGAGCAGAGGAAACUUGUACGAUGGGAUGUAUUAAGAUUGUGGUGUCUGUUCUACUUGUCCUGUUGAACCCAACUUCAUGCAACGCUUUGUCUUACAUAGACCCAAUGAUUUGCUACAUCCUGGAUGGGGUCCUCAUCUUUUACUGCAUUGUAGCAACAGCCUUGUUCUUCAGAGAAAAGCUUUCACACCAAGUUCCAAAAGCUGUGCCUGACUCCAGUGGUGGAAUUUACCAGGAGCUUGGGGAGUCAAGAAAUGCAGACCCGUACGAAGUGCUUGACACAUUCCAGAAGAAAAAAAAGAAAAAGAAAUCCAAGGGCCCACAGUCUGCCGGAGGGGCAGGGGCCGAGCCUGUUCCUGGGACCUCGUCUGCUUGAAAUUCUUAACGAUCACUGAUCACACACAAAAAAAACAUACCCAUAUUUGUGAAUGUGUCUGAAAUGUCUUACCAAUGGUGGAAAAAGUAUUAAAUUUUGUUACGUAAAACUAGAGCCAAUGGAUGGGAGAAAAAAAAAAACUCAAGUAAAAGUAUCACAUGAAAAAUCUACUCAAGUAAAAGUAUUAAAGUACCUCUUUAAAAAAACUUGAGUACUUAAGGAAUAAAAAGUAAAUUAAUUUUGCAGUUUUUGUGAUAAUAAUAUAGUAAAGCUUCAAAUGUAAUGAUUUUGAUGAAUAAUUUUGCUCAACAAAAACAGAUAUUUUGAUUUGCUCAAACUGCUAAAUUCAGCAAGGCUCAUACAAUAAAAAGUACUUUAACUUUACUUUUACUGUUCAAAAAUGCAGCAGAAAAAGUAGAUAUCAUCUCUGAAAUGUAGUAAAGAAAAAGUAAAAAUAUCCACUUUACUUUGUUUUUUUUUUACUUGUUAUGUUCCAUCACUGGUCCUUACGUUUAUAGUUUAGGUGAUGUUCUGUGCUUUAAAAAGUCUAUGCCACUUACACCAUCUUAAAUAAAAAGAAACCAUGUCAAAAACA